AUGGCUGGCAUUGAGGAUUUCCGCCCCCUGUCUCUUAUCACCAUCCCCGGCAGUCACAGCAGCAUGGCUCGGCAUGGAGGCCCUGAGUCAGAAUACCAGGUCCUGUCUCUGAGUGACCAGCUCAGAGCUGGAAUUCGUUUCCUGGAUCUCAAAGUGUUGGAACUGGAAGGCACCCUCUACGUCAUGCAUGGGGUGAUAUACGAGCGCAGCACAUUCAGAGAUGUUCUGGACACUGUUAAAGCUUUCUUGUCUGAGUUUAACAGUGAGGCUGUGCUGAUUAGAGUGGUGCCAGCGAUUUUGAACAAGAAUAAGGUAAAUGAAAUGGUGCAGAAUCUGAUUAGCAAUGACCAGCACGUGUGGGUGACCUCUGGCAUGCCGAAUAUAGGCCAGGUGAGGGGGAAAUUGGUCUUUUUGCAGAAAAGCACCUUCACACUAGGAAUUCCUCUCACAGAGACGGAUGAGAAUAGCAGCAACAAGGUUAGCAGAGUUAAAGAAGAGGACAACAAACUAAUCAAACAGCUGGCCCAAGCCACUGAGGCUUGUGGGGGUGAUAACGUUGUUUUGACUUACACAAGCGGCACUGGCUUUGGGACUUUCCUAGGAAUGUUUCUGACCCCAAAAAGAGUGGCAGAAAAGGUGAACCCAUGGCUCAAUCAGUACCUCAGGCAGUUUUAUCCCAAUCAUCCCAGACCAUGCUUUGGGAUUAUUGCCAUGGACUUCCCUGGCUUUGACCUCAUUCAAACUGUUAUCAAUUUGAACUGGUGGUAG